AGCUUAUUAGACACCAUGUUAAGCAAGUCAGUUUGAGCCCGUCUCCCUCCCUUAAAUCAAACACGACGAGCACUUGGACCCAUUGUAUGACAUUUGUACAGAGAGUGCAUGUUUUACAGGCAAAGCGAGAUGGUUCACCCCCAGCCUCCUUUCACGUUUGCCUAAAAGCCGCUCGACCAGCCUAUCACGUUUGAUCGUUUUAGUUUAGUAACUAGGACGUGAAGUAGUGGCACACCCUCGGUAUUUUAAAGAUGGUAGUUGAGUUAAAGUCCUUGUUACCACCCUUUUUAUGUGGGCGCAACGUGUCCCUAGCUAGUAGAAGUUGCUUGUCAGCUGAAAAUUUAGCUGGGGAGUGGGUAGAUAACAAUCUUGACAGUUCAUUGCGGCUCUUUGGAGGUCAAAGGUUCUGCAUUUCCUGUUUGUCCUGGUUUCAAAUUAGCAGAAAGUGGUGGCUGCCUGUGAUAGAUUGACCAUGUCUGGAAAUCCUGCUGUGGUUAUGCGGCUGGUGGCCUCAGCAUACUGUGUGGCUGAAAAGGCUGGGGCCAUUGUGAGGAAGGUCCUUCACAGUGGAGAACUUGGCAUUGUGGAAAAGACAGGAGCUACUGAUCUGCAGACACUGGCAGACAGACUGGCACAGCAGAGCAUUUGUGCGUCACUGUCCAGACGCUUCCCAAAAAUCACCAUUAUUGGAGAGGAGGACCUUCCAUCUGAGGAGAUAAAGGAAGAGCUCAUUGAGAAUGGCCAGGCCGAGGAAAUCCUUCAAAAGAGCUGUCCAGCAGAAUAUAGUGGGCUGAAAGAGGAGGAGCUUGUUGUGUGGGUUGAUCCUCUUGAUGGCACAAAGGAGUACACUGAAGCAUCAAGGUGUCUCCAUCACCAGACUGAGGUCCAGAUACCACACAAAGGGUUGGACACCUCUCAGCUUCACAGCACAGCUCUCUGGCUCUUGGAUAAUGUGACAGUUCUUAUUGGUAUUGCUUAUGGAGGCAGAGCUAUUGCAGGUGUCAUCAACCAGCCUUUCUACAACUACCAGCUUGGAGCAGGAGCAGAUUUGGGAAGAACCAUGUGGGGGAUGCUGGGACUGGGCGCCUUUGGAUUUCAGCUGCAGGAAGUCCCAGAUGACAGACGAAUCAUCACCACCACCCGUUCCCAUAGCAACAAGUUGGUGACUGACUGCGUAGACGCCAUGGAGCCACAUGAGGUUAUAAGAGUGGGUGGUGCUGGAAACAAGAUUAUCCAACUCAUUGAGGGAAAGGCGUCUGCUUAUGUCUUCGCUAGCAUAGGAUGCAAGAAGUGGGACACCUGUGCUCCUGAAGCCAUCCUGCACACAGUUGGAGGUAAACUGACUGACAUGCAUGGCAAUGCAUACCGCUAUGAUGCUAACGUCAAGCACAUGAAUUCUGCUGGCAUUCUCGCAACACUACGGAACCACGACUACUACGUCAGCAGAGUACCACAGUCAGUACUUCAAGCCCUCAAGUCAGACUGAGGUCUGUCUAAAUCAGAAAACACACUAAUGUUCCACUGCAGGGGCUUUAAAAUCCAUCCAUAGAUGAGGUCCUGUGUCAGAGAAUGUCAUAAAAUGUAUUUUUUACAAAAAACUACACUUUUUACUCAAAACUUUAAUAUCUGAUUUCAGUGUUACUGUUAAAUGUUACAUAAACAAUACAUUGUUUAUUCUCCUGUUGAA